AUGACGUGCGCAUGUUCCUCAACCAAUAAAAACCGCUGUUAUCCAUGUCGCCGCUACACCAGGCUAGGCUAACUAAACGAUAGAGGAAGAUUGUGUUGAAGAUCACAUCUCAUCAUCGUAUCACCCCGAUUCACAGAGGUCCUUGAGUCCAAAAUGACGUACAGGAGAGACAGGAGCAUACGAGAGGUGUAUGAUGAACGCUUUUUAACAGAGAGAUCGGGUCCGUACCCACGGGCAGCUGGAGCAGCGGAGAGGAGGGGCCCUUUUAGCCGGCCAGAGGACGACUAUGGCCGCGGCGGGUACGAAUACGAAGGAGGUCCACGCUUCUUCCCAAAUGGAGGAGGCCCACGAAAUUAUCAUGAAGAUCAGAGGGGCUACCAUGGUGACAGCCUUCAUUUCCCUGCUGAACGCAGAGCUGUUCCACCUUCAAGAAGGGAGGACUAUCCUUACAGAGUACCCAGGGAAGACCAACAACACACAGGACGGCCUUUGGAGUUUGGCGCCCGUGCAGCACCACCACCUCAUAACGUGCGAAACCAGGGCAUCUACCCAGCGCCCAGAGCGCUCCCCGAGAGCGGGGAAGACACACUCGUGCAAGCCAUCCUCAACCUGGACAGAGGGGAGGACAGAGACCUCUACAGGAGAAAGGCGGCCCCGUUCCCUCCACUCAGAGAACGUUCUCCUGUGCGCCGCGAGGUGGCCCGCUCCCCCCACAGUCGCUCUGGCUCCAGCGUCAGCAGCAGAGGCUACUCACCAGACAGAGCCAAGAGCCUGCCAUUUCCCUCACAGCAAGGCAAGAGUGUGGACGGUCCAGAGGGUCACGCAGGUGUUUCUGAGCACCUUUGGGGGGCGCUCUAUCCUCAACAGAGUGGACAUGAAACUUUGGACAAAAUUCCUGGCUUGUCAAGAGAAGGCUCCCCACACAGCGCAACCUCAAACAAGGAGGAGAACCAUCCUCCAGAAGGAGUAAAAGAGGAGCCACUGGUGACUCCAGUCGUGGAGGAAAUCCAAAAGUCAACUAUAGACAACUUUCAAGAGCGGCGAGCCCUGGCCAUCGCAGCCAAAGCUCAGGAGAUAGAAAAGGUGUACCGUCAGGACUGUGAGACCUUUGGCAUGGUGGUAAAGAUGCUGGUGUCUAAAGACCCCAACCUAGAGAAGCAGCUGCAGGUUCCCCUAAGAGAAAAUCUCGGGGAGAUCCGCGAACGUUGCCUGGACGACCUCAAACACUUCAUCAACGAGCUGGACGAGGUGGUCCGGCAGCCAGAACCUUCAGUUUGUGACUUGACCACCCCAUUGGCGUCCCUGACGGGUCAUAAACUCUCAAAGACAGGAGUCAAUCACAGAUCGUCUUACUGACACGUUGGCCAUCUGCUCUAUGUGAGACUGAGCAUGGAAGGAUUGACUGCCGAACAUGAUGGAUAUCUCCAAAUACAUUUUGGGUUGCUGGACUUGAACGGAUUUCUAGAGCAGAGCAACCUGGAAAAACAACAGGAUGCAGCGUUGCGUUACAUGUGGGGAUGAGCAGUGUUAGAUUUUGAACAGACCGUUUUUUACUUUACUAAAAUAUGUUAAUUAUAAAAUAAAAGUUUUUCUGUCAAAUGAUGACAUAAACAUUUUGUCUAUUUAACGUCUCACAUCACCAUGGAAAUGGGGUUUUGUUAUUUAACCUAUUUUGAUGAAAAUAUGUUGUUGAGAGUAGACAGUCAGUCCUGCAGCAUGAUCACACUUUUCUAAAAAAAAGUCAGAUAAGAUGUUUUGUUUUGUAUUUUUUUUUUUAGUUAUGCACAUUUUGAAGCAGUCAGAUGUACGACUUGGUGCUGCUAAAUUUACAGUCCUACAUCCUUGUAUGAAUGUGUACUGUGUAGACAUGCCAGUUUGGUUACCUUUUCAUUGUGUUGUCUCAUUUUGCCUUUUUCAAACUUUGUUCCAUCUCCCUCCCAGAAAACCUGCACAAGGCUUGAUGGCUUUGUGACAAAGCUUUGCACAAACUGAAAUGUCUCUGAAGGUUGUAGUAAAGUGAUUUAUUAUAACUUUA